GAUGAGUUUGUCGACAGCCAUCACAGGAGCUUUUAUUCUGAAAAUGAAAGUAAAAAUGACAUAAAUUGACACUAUCAUACACAGCAUGGACUCUAUAGAAGAUGCAAAAAGUCAACACUGCCGACUAGCGGCCAAAAUAAAGAAUUACGUGGGGAAUAAAAGCACAUUUAGAGUAUUACACACUCCUGAACAUCAAGUAACAAUUCUUUUUACGGACAGGAAGUAGUGGUCACGUGACACGAAAGAUAGAAAACAUACUUUUUACCGACAGGAAGUAGUGGUCACGUGACACGAAAGAUAGAAAACAUACUUUUUACCGACAGGAAGUAGUGGUCACGUGACAUGAAAAGUAGAGCAGGAAGUAGUGGUCACGUGACAUGAGAGAUGGAAAAACAUACUUUUUUACCGACAGGAAGUAGUGGUCACGUGACACGAAAGAUAAAGCAGGAAGUAGUUGUCACGUGACAUGAAAGUUAGAAAACAUACUUUUUACCGACAGAAAGUAGUGGUCACGUGACAUGAAAGGAAGUAGUGGUCACGUGACAUGAAAGAUAAAAAAAGAUACUUUUUACCGACAGAAAGUAGUGGUCACGUGACAUGAAAGAUAGAAAACAUACUUUUCACCGGCAGGAAGUAGCGGUCACGUGACAUGAAAGAUAGAAAAGAUACUCUUCACCGACCGGAAGUAGUGGUCACGUGACAUGAAAGAGGACCGCUUCAAACAAAUCGCGCCAACACUGUCACUCAAACAAAACGCUCGUAGCGCUCAAAAUAGCGGUUAAAAUAACACAAAAACACUUGAUAUGUUUAAGGUACAAAAAAAGUCAACAAUAUACGGCAAUAAUAACAAAAAUAAACCGUUGUUUUUUGUUAAUAAACGACACACCAAUUUGGACACACCUCGCAGCGGCUUCGCAAGCAGGAAGUGAGGCGGAAGGGGAGGAGCUACAGAAGCUAGCGGAAACUACGGAAGCCUGCCAGUGUGCCAUGACAGGAAGUAGUCAAAUAAAAGAAUAGUCAAUCAACAAAAAUAAAGAACUAUUUUGAGAUAAAAUUCACAUAAACUUCAAAAACAUUCGGAAAUAUUAAUGAGGUGGACACGUCAGCAGCCAGCAGCACCUCAGAAGGUCUCAUGUGGCUCCGGCUGGUCCAGUCGGCGCGGGACAAGGAGGAGCAGAACCUGGAAGCGUACGUGAAGAACGGGCAACUGUUCUACCGCUCGCUGCGUCGCAUCGAGAAGGACGAGGAGCUGCUGGUCUGGUACGGCAAGGACCUGGUAGAACUGCUGCUGCUCAGCUCCAGCAGGGCGCCUGCUAAAAGCAAAGAAGGUUCUACCCACAACUCGUGUCCGGACUGCAGCCAGCGGUUCCAGUUUGAGUUCCCCUUCCUGGCCCACCUGCGGUUCCGCUGUACCAAAAGACUACAGAACCUGACGGGGGCGGACGAGGAGCCCGGCAAGGAGGGCCGCCCUGACCGACCCAACUUGACGCCCACCAGGACCAGCCCAAAGCUGGGCCGCUCCGAGGGCUUCGGGAGUCCUCAGGACGCCAACAAACCUUCCACUGACUUUCACAACCUUGCUCGGGAUCUGGAGAACAACCGGACCAGUCCGCUCAGAGACAAGGAGGCCGAGGUCAGCAGCGAGAGUUCUGGGAAGAGGAAGUUCUCCGAGAUUGAGGACAGGGAGUCUCGGCGGCCCGUGGUGUCCCAGUCUAAGUCUAAAGAAGAACUGGCCACGUCGGCUCAGAACUACAGAGGCGUGUAUGGCCUGGAGGAGAACCACAGGUCGCUUUCCUCGUCGGGGUCUUCAGAAAACUCAGAGACCAAACGCAGCGCCUUCACCGAGGUCAAGAAGUCCGCCCAGACCCUCAAGAACCACGGCUCCAGCAAGAGCCUUUCCGGCGCUAACUCUGAAAACAAAGAUGGCGGGCGGCCCGGCAGCAACCCCUCAGAGAAGCACCUGAACAUCCGGCAGGUUCUGUCGGAGACCCAGCCGCCCCAGACGCAGCCCAUGGGGAGCGCCUUCACCUCAGUGAGCCAGCAGGGCGGCGGUGAGAGGAAGAGCGCCUUCAGCCAACCUUCCCGGUCCUCCUUCUCCCAGAUCUCCCCGCUGGUGAUGCCCCCCAAGCUUCUGGACUGCCACCCGGCGGUGGGCGACACUAUCUCGUCCAGCCGCCUCUACCAGGCCGACCACCUCGCCGCCAAGCUGCAGGGCGCCGAGCUGGGCGCCAACUGCCCGGUGCCGGGCGGAAUGGCCAAGCAGAGCCCCUUCGUGUACGCCGCCGCCGCCACUACCUUCUGGCCCAAGAACUCGGGCGCCAUCCAGCUCCAGAUGCCCUCUGCCCUCACCCUGCUGCCGCCCUCCUUCACCUCGCUCUGCCUGCCGGCGCAGAACUGGUGCGCCAAGUGCAACGCCUCCUUCCGCAUGACCUCGGACUUGGUCUACCACAUGCGCUCGCACCACAAGAAGGAGUACGCCAUGGAGCCGCUGGUCAAGCGGCGGCGCGAGGAGAAACUCAAAUGUCCAAUCUGCAACGAGUCCUUCCGGGAGCGCCAUCACCUGUCCCGUCACAUGACCUCCCACAACUGACUGAGGCCACGCCCCCUGCACCCCCUUUGCACUGCUUCUCCACCCCUCCCACCUUUUCUUCUGUAUGAAAAUGCAUCGGGCCUCUGGAGUGACUCAGAAAUCAGCCUGGAAUGAGUUUUAUUUGAAUCGGGAACACAACUGGAAUGAAUGUGGAAUGAGUCGGAAAUUAAUCUGGAAUGAGUUUAGAAUUAAUCUGGAAAGAGUCUGAAUUGAAUCUGAAAUGAGUCUGAAAUUAGUUUAGAAUCAAUCUGGAAUGAGUUUGAAUAUAAUCUGAAAUUAGUCUGGAAUGAGUCUGGAAUGAAUCUGAAUUGAAUCUGAAAUUAAUCUGAAAUGAGUCUCGAAUGAGUCUGAAAUGAGUUUGAAUUUAAUCUGACAUGAAUCUGAAAUGAGUCUGGAAUGAGUCUGAAAUGAGUUUAGAAUCAAUCUGGAAUGAGUCUGAAUUUAAUCUGAAAUUAGUCUGGAAUGAGUCUGGAAAGAGUCUGGAAUGAAUCUGAAUUGAAUCUGAAAUUAAUCUGAAAUGAGUCUCGAAUGAGUUUGAAUUUAAUCUGACAUGAAUCUGAAAUGAGUCUGAAAUGAGUUUAGAAACAAUCUGGAAUGAGUCUGAAUUUAAUCUGAAAUGAAUCAGGAAUGAGUCUGAAUUUAAUCUGAAAUGAGUCUGAAAUGAGUUUAGAAUCAAUCUGGAAUGAGUCUGAAUUUAAUCUGAAAUUAGUCUGGAAUGAGUCUGGAAAUAGUCUGGAAUAAAUCUGAAUUGAAUCUGAAAUUAAUCUGAAAUGAGUCUCGAAUGAGUCUGAAAUGAGUUUGAAUUUAAUCUGACAUGAAUCUGAAAUGAGUCUGAAAUGAGUUUAGAAUCAAUCUGGAAUGAGUCUGAAUUUCAUCUGAAAUUAGUAGGAAUGAGUCUGGAAAGAGUCUGGAAUGAAUCUGAAUUGAAUCUGAAAUUAAUCUGAAAUGAGUCUCGAAUGAGUCUGAAAUGAAUCUGAAAUGAAUCUGAAAUGAGUCUCGAAUGAGUCUGACAUGAGUUUGGAUUUAAUCUAACAUGAAUCUGAAAUGAGUCUGGAAUGAGUCUGAAAUGAGUUUAGAAACAAUCUGGAAUGAGUCUGAAUUUAAUCUGAAAUGAAUCAGGAAUGAGUCUGAAUUUAAUCUGAAAUGAAUCUGGAAUGAGUCUAAAUGAAUCGUAAAUGAAUCAGGAAUGAGUCUGAAUUUAAUCUGAAAUGAAUCAGAUUUGAGUCUGAAAUUAGUGAAAUGAGUGUAGAAUGAAUCUGGAAUGAGUCUGAAUUUAAUCUGAAAUUAAUCAGGAAUGAGUCUGAGUUAAUCGUAAAUGAAUCAGGAACGAGUCUGAAUUUAAUCUGAAAUGAAUCAGGAUUGAGUCUGAAAUUAGUGAAAUGAGUGUAGAAUGAAUCUGGAAUGGGUCUGAAAUUAGUUCACAAUGAGUUUGAUUGAAAUCGAAAAUUGAUCUGGAAUGAAUUUGAAAAGAGUCUGUAAUGAGUAAAACGAGUCUAGAAGGAAUCUGAAAGAGUCUCAAAAGAAACUGAAAUGAGUUUAAAGUGAGUCUGAAAUGGUUCUCCAAGGAAUCUGAAAUUAGUCUCGAACGAGUGAAAGGAAUAAAAUUAGUCUGGGAUUAAUCUGUAAUAAAUCUGACAUUAAUCCACAAUGAGUUUGAUUUGAAUCGCGUAUAGGUCUUGAAUGAAUUUGGAAUAAGUCUGAAAUAAAUUUGAAAAGAGUCUGAAAUGAGUAAAACGAGUCUAGAACAAAACUGGAAAGCGUUUCAAAUUAAACUGAAUUUAGUCUGAAAACAGUGAAUUAAGUGUCGAAUAAAUCUGGAAUGAGUCUAAAAUGAGUGUAGAAUAAUUCUGGAAUGAGUCUGAAAUUAGUUCAUAAUGAGUUUAAUUUGAAUCGGAAAUAGAUCUGGAUUCAAUCUGGAAUGAGGCUAAAAUGAGAACAUAGUGGUCUUGAUUUGAAUUAGGAAUAUAUCUGGAAUGAGUAUGAAAUGAGUGUGGAAUUAGUUCAUAAUGAUUUCAAUUUGAAUCGGAAGUGUAUCUGGAUUACAUCUGGAAUGAGUCUGAAAUGAAAUCAUAAUGAAUUCGAUUUGAAUUGGGAACAGAUCUGGAAUUAAUCUGGAAAAGCCUGAAAUUAGUCUAGAAUGAAUAUGGAAUGGGUCUGAAACGAGUCCAUAAUGAGUUUGACUUGAAUCA